CAUUGCGCGCCGCGCAGCGUGCUGGGAGGCCGAACUACACUUCCCGCGAUCCCCCGCGCGCCGCCAGCCGCUGAGAGACUGGGGCGUAGUAGUAAGAGCUGCUGAAGAAGAAGGCGAUUAAGAUGGCGGCCAGAGCCGCGCAGGGGCUAUCUCCCAGCACCAGGCUGCUCUGAGGGGAGAGCGCUCGCCCACACACUGCCCGCCCGGGGUGGAUGUCCAGCAGCCGCUGCCCUCCUCCACCUUGCCCCAGUCACCCCGCACUCCCCGCCCGGCCCGCCUCGCCCCGCUCCGGCCCUCGCUGCCCUCCCCGGCCCGGCACAAUGGGGGUGCAGGGGUUCCAGGAGUUCCUGGAGAAGCGAUGCCCGGGGGCCGUGGUGCCCGUCGACCUGUUGAAGCUGGCCCGGACCGUAGCCCGCCAGCAGCACCGAGCGGGCCUGUCACCCGGCGGCUACCCUGCGGCCCCACCGCCGCCUCCCCCCCAGCCCCCCUCCCCGGCGGCUCCCCCUCCCUGCCGGGUGCUGGUGGACGCGGACUCGGCCCUGCAGCGGCUGUACGGGGGCUACCAGACGGACUGGGUGUGCGGGGGCCAGUGGAACGCCAUGCUGGGCUACCUGGCGGCGCUGUCACAGGCCUGUCUGUACCAGGGCGGCCUGGAACUGGUGGGCAUGUUCAACGGUACCCUGGCCAAGGAGAGGCUGCCGGAGUGGGCCCGGCGGGCUCAGGGGGAGAGGCAGACGGCCCAGCUCAUUGUCAGCCACGUCGGGAACAAGGGCACCCCGCCCCCCAGGGCCUGGUUCCUGCCUCCGGCCUGCCUGGCUCACUGCAUCCGCCUGGCAAUGAUCCGGUUCCGUGUGAAGGUAACCAGGACUGUGCAGUGUGGCCCCCCAACCAUCACCACUUCUCUCUCUAGGCAGCUGCCUUGCAAAACCUUGUGUGCCAGGGCUGGCUAAACCAUGGGCACUCCAGCUAUGGCUGGGUGGCAGAGAGCAUCAUGGGAAACGUAGUCUGCCACAGCUGGAGUGCCACAGGUUGGCCAUCACUUCUGUGUAACUUUCUGAUAAAGAAUAGAUUCUAUAGAACGUUGAAGUAAAUCAGAUUAUUUCCCCCCUCUGCCACACCCCCUUUUGUGCACAUGCAGACCCCAAUGUGUGCUUCUGUUGUAUGCAUGCCUUGCAUGAUCCUCAUUAGGACUCAGUGAUUAAAAAACAUAAAGGCACAUGGGCAAUGCAGGCAAGUUAUGAGGUUAAAGAUGAAUUAUCUUCAUUUUUAAAAUUCAGAUACACAACACAUUGUAACAAUAGUGCAAUAGAUAACCUAAAUGAGCAUUCAUUCAGUCAUGGGGUUUUUAGUCUGUUGUAUCCUUUGUUUUCUGUCUUUAGCAAAGCAACAUUGAAAACUUGCUCUCUCAUGCUCUCCUGCUAUUAAAUGCAUUGACCCUGUUUCUUUCUCUGAAGUGGUGGCUGUAAGGGGGUGGAGGGUUGUUAGGCAAAUCAUUCUUGGUGUAAUAAAGGGAAUGAGUUAGGCAAAUUAUCCUUGGUUUGUUAACCAAUUCUGCUAGUCAAAUAAUUCACUAGGUUUCUUAUGGAAGCAAAUGCUGUUUCAAAUCAAUCAGUUUGGAGAAUGCAUUUAAUCUGUACAGAAAACAUAAGAAGAAGAGGUCUUGAAAAUGACACUUUGUAUAAAGCAGUGUUUUAGCAGUUCUUAAUCACCAUUUUGUUUUAUGGUCCAAACUAUCUUGGGGAUAUGGUGGUAGACCAGUAACUGGCAGGUGUGAUCUAUUUUUUUUUUUUUUUUUAAAUAGAUUUUAUAGAGGGUAAAAUGAACACAGGCCCUUGCAGCUCUCAUAAUCCUCCAUAAUUACCACACUAGUCUGCUUCUUCAUGCUAUACCUCUUGAUACCUUAGCAACAGAGAGGUGUGCAUGCUUUAUGUACCAUAGUUGAGUUGUAGCGUAGGCGUACCAAACAGAACAUGAAGAUUUCAAACUGGUAGUAAAAUAGCACUCCUCAUGGUGCCUAUAUUCCUGUGGAAGUGAACUGUACACUGCUGAUUAUAUUUGAGGUUAUUACUCAUGGUUUAGUGGGCCUGCUCUUGCUCAAAAAGCAAACCUGUUGUAUCCAACGUGCAGUGUGUAUUCAGUAGAACUAUUACCCUAAUUUACAAAAUAACUGCAUAGUAGUAGUAUGUUUUUACAAGAUGACCUCUACAUUGCCGUACACAUCUUCCUUUAGGCCACAAUAAACUAACUCAUCAUGAAUAUUUUACAAGAAGCUUAUUGUAUUACUGUAAUGCUUUUUUCAGAAACAAAUCAUGCCGAAUCUUUAGUAACGCUGUUUCUCAAUUGGGAUUUUUACAAUUUAGGUUUUAGUGUGCUUAAUGCAUUCUUUAAAAUAAGGGGGGGGAUUUAAAUAUAUAUUGCAAUGUUUAGCAGAUAAUCCACAGUACAUAAAAAUGGCACUCUUAGGACUUCAUCUCUUGUGAAAAAAACUCAUAGUCCCCAGGGGGGAGGAGGGUUGGUGUGUAUAUGUAUUUAUAUAAAAUUUUAUUCUACACAUCGUCCUGCACGAUAAUAAAAAUAAAAAAAACUUGCCAACAUGUUUCUGUAGAAGUGGAAAUAAAAAGCUGUGAUAGGAAAGCCUUAUGCUACUGUAUUAGUUCCACUAGUCUGCAGGCUGUAUUUUCAUACUGGAAGGUAAAAGUUGUAAAUCACACUUUAUCAGCUCUUUUUAGAAAGCCAUAUCCUGCCAGUUGGCUGUUGAUGUCUCUAGAUCAAAUUUAUUCCAUUACUGUAAAAUGGUAAAGGUACACAUUCGAUGAGUGACUUCCCCUUUAACAAAAGUUAACAUUUUAAUAGCUUCCCCUCCUCCCCCAAAGAAUGGUCUUAUAGUGUGAUCAGUUUUAGUUAACUGUGUGAUAUAAUGCUUAGGUCACUGAAGUAUACAAGCACAAAUCAUGUAAUUCUGUACAAAUACAGCUGUCAUUUAGCUUAAUCCAAUGGAAAAUCUUAGUCUAACUUUUUUUUCUUUUCCCCUCAUCCAUAUUAAGGGCACUUGUGCCCUGAUGUAGUGGUUAUGGUGCCAACAUUCUCUUGGUGACUGGAGUUUCUUGUUUAGCACUCUCCCAAUUAGAUGGCUCCAAAUGAACAUAUAACAUGGACUAUCGUAAUAUUACAAGUGAGGGGCAGGAAAGGCAAAGCCAGGGUUAUACUGACAUAACCACUAUUACAGGUCUUUUUUUAUUUAAAAAAAAAUAUAUAUAUUCUCUCCGUUGGCUUUUAUACACUAUUGCAUAGCCCGAUUAGCUGUUCUUGAGCUGCCUUGAUAUCAAAGUAUAGGGUUAAGAUUACUAUUAGUGUUAGGGCUAUUAUUAGAAUUAGUUAAAUUGGCACUGUAACUUAAUGUAAUUGAAGUUGGUAUGGUGUCUGAAGUCCCUUGGCACCAUCCUUCAUACAGUAAUGCGAAGCAAGAGUCCCCAGAAUCCCAAUACCGCUGCUGCGGCUUAUGAGGAAGCUUUAGUCUAAGCAUGUCCGCUGACCUCUCUCAGCCUAACACAGCACCCAUUGGUGGUAUGGCUGGAAGGAAGUUGUAAGCUCUGCCUUAGCCACAAUUCCAUAAAGGGCUGGACUGUAGGCAGCUAGUGACCCUAAUUUAGCAUUAAACUGCUUGUAAAUUGUUGAAGAACCAGAGUACCCCAGACAUUAUAACCAAUUCAAUGAGGUACAAUGGUUAUAGUGCCUAGAGUGUUCUUGAAUUGUUGCACUUAAGGUUAGGAUUACAUUUAUUAAAUAAUUUACAAAAACUAGAUUUGUGUUUUUGUGGAGACUGCUUUGUGUGUGGCAUACACUAUCACAAUUUGAUGCAAGUCAGUGACAUAUAGUCACUGGGACUCUGCAUAUCAGAAUUUAUGGCAUGUCUAUAAAUUGCUCUUAUAGCACAGGGCUCAAAAUAUCAGGUUUUUAAUGCUACUGGAUAGGCCUAUAACGUCUCCCCACUGGAAGCCUGGAGGGUCCAACAAACCUGACUUCUACUGUUGUAUACAGAUUGUGUGGAGUGUUGAUGUACACAAUGGGGGGUGUGCCAAAGUAGUAUGACAUGUCACCCAUAAAGGGAUUGAUUUGAAGUGGUCAUGGUACCUCGAGUCUGUGCAACAUUUCACUUUGAAACAUUGUACAAACAUAGUGACUGUACAUGUUUAGCAAGCCCAAACAAAGUUCUGGGUGGGCUAUUGUCAAUUAUAUGAAAAAUCAGCACCUGAUGCCAACAUCAACACAAUGCUGGUGCGAGGCAGCCAAUGGUGGCAUGGCUGUCCCUAUCCUCUCAUCAGUCGGCCCUUCAGCUAGGAAGUGUGACAUCAGGCAAGGAGGAUGGGGCUGCAGGGAAAACUUGCACUGCGCUAUGGAAUGCAGGUGUUUAAAAUUUAAAAACAAAAAUAAAAAAAUUAUUUGGGGGAAGAUCACAUCAGAAAGUAUUACUCUAACUAAAACAAGUGUUUUAAGCUGGAAUAACCUUUUAAUGAAAAUGCAACGUCUGGACAAACUUGUCUCUGUUUGGAAACAAAAUGGCAAAUUCUGGAUUAAAAGUUUUUAAAGUAUCAGAAUGUUAAAAUCUACACACACAGUUAUAUUGCCUAGAGAUUUUUUUUCUUUAGCACUUCUACAAAUCUCAUCCUAUGUGACUUCUGAGGUUUGGCUGGACAACAGCCACCACAGGUGCCAAGGUUUAUAAAUUACAUGUGCAGAGGCAGGGGAACACUUUUUAGGGUUAGAAUACAGGUUUGUGUUCCUUUUAAGCUUUGGUAAAGCAUGAACAUUUGUAUUAUUUUAAUUCCGGAGUCAAAGAUAUCAGGGAUUUUGGCCAGAGAGUACACAGAUCCAAGAUGCUACAGUGUAAGUAUUCUCCAUCUCCCACCUCAGUGGACCCUAAAUGGAUGCACUGGAGUUCCUCAUGGAUAUCCAUCUAAGCUUUGCAGCCCUAGAUAUUGAUGCUGGUACACCAGCAACAUAGGGUUACAUUCUGUAGUUAGUAUGCAACAUUCAUUCACUUUUGGCCUUAGACUUGACAGAGCUAAAGAGACUCUCAUACUCACCAGCUGGACAACAGCUCUUAUUUAUUCAUUAGUGGUAUUUAUAAAGUGCCAACAGAUUCCGCAGUGCUGUUCAAUUGUGGAGGACGUAAAAUAUACACAGACAAAUACAAAAGGUAGAGAGGGCCCUGUCCGUAUGCUGAGAUCUAGCGAUUUCAUACAGAGUGCUUAGUUAGCCCGUGAGUUUACAAUCUAAAGCAUACCGUGGGAAUUUGAGACAAGAGGUAGCAGGGGCAAUUUGGAAGUGAUGGCUAAAAAAGUAAACCGAGAGUUGCAGCUAUUAGUAAAAUAUAGAGGGAAUGACAAGGUAAUUGAGUGAGAAUUGUAAAGCUUUGGAAGAGGUUGUUUGAAGUCAAGCAGUAAUAGGGUUUGAGACUGCAAGUUUACAAUUACAGGAAUCCCACACCGCACUUCAGUUACAUGUGGAGGUGCUAGAUGAAUGGAUUCACUGCAAAAUCUCAAAGUACGUAACACUGCAAAAUCUGUUCACCCCGUGGAACUCCCAUGUUUUUCAGAAAGCUAUUCAUUAAACUGCUCUCCUCCAGAUUAGAUAAAUCUCUUACCUUAGAGCAGUGGCGGAUCCAGAGCCUGGUCUCGGGAGGGGCACUUGUAGAUUAUUUAAAGAAAUAAUCCAGGCACAAUAACCACUACAGCUCCGUGUAGUAGUUAUGGUGCCAGUAGUACCAGGAUUAGGCAGGCUUUUUAAUAAUGGUUUUUUUUUUUACAUUUAAAUUAAAUAUAUUUAUGUCCCCCCUCCCUUCUUACCUUUUUUUUUUGAGGAGGAGGGGGGACAUUUCUCCAUCCCUGGAGGUCCAGUGGGGAAUCCCUGGUGGUCCCAGUGGUGGCGAGGUGAACUCUAGCCCGUAGCUCCAGGGCUAGAGUUCACUCUCGCGAGAUUUGGAGCCUUGCCAUGGUAACCGCGGCAACGCUCCGUGCUUGCGAGAGUAGGACCCGGAGGAGCUGCAAGCUGAGCCACAAUUGCCCCCCCGGAUCUGCCACUGCCUUAGAGGGGAUCUACUCUUUUGCCAAAUCUAUUAAAGUAUGGUUGAUUCACAAACUAUCGUAGUUAUGUUGCUUACAGGAAAGCCAUAAUUGCGACCAGAAAAGGUAAACGGCAUUACAUGUUUGAGAAUCAAUUCAUCAUGUUCCUUUUGUACGUUUGUGUAUCUGCAAUUAAAUACAAACCUGUAUUCCUAGCACUAUAUUGUCUGACAGCCAAUAGAGACAGUCUUAGUUCUGCAAUGUAAUUAUUGUAAUUUCCCAGAAACUGCAAUAAUUAACAUUACAGGGUUAUUGCACCCAGACCACUUUAAUAACUAAAAUCCUCUGGGUGACUAUAGUGUCCCUUUAUUUGGUGAUAUGAUGGUAUCACAUCAUGCUUCAGGAAUCCAAAAUUACUUGUCAGAGAUGAUAUCUUUACCAGAUGCAUGGGACAAUCUUGAAGGCUCAGCCAUCUUCUACAAACUUUACUCCUAAAGCUCCAGAUCGAUUUGUGGAGUUUUCCCCACAGGACGAGGGACAACAAUCCUAGCCACAAUCACCAAACCUUUCCAGGCUGUGGAUGCCUACCUGAAGUGAAUGUCCCCUAGAAGCUUUGCUUUUUAUUUUUUCAUGUCAAUAGAUAAUUCAUCAGAUCUUUCUGAUCACUCAACAGUUAUUCUCUUCUCAUUAUACUCACGUACUCAUACCCUCAUUCUACAACUCCCCAUUUAAGAGGGUUAUUUUUGGUUAUUUGUUAAUCUUUGCUUUUCUAUACUAGGAAUCCCCCACCAUAAAUGUUUGAUGAAAUUUUUACCUUUCCUUAAUGUCCAAUACCAUGCUUUGUGCCUGUUAUGAUGAAAAUAGUCUGCUCAUUCUCUAUCCAUUGUAUUGUUUUUUUUAAUUGUCAACCUAGAUUGAAUUUCAAAAUGUUUCUGUAAAGAAAUUCUAUUUUCUGAUUCACAUAAUAAAAAAUUGGGUGUGUUGGGGGAAUAAAUUAGUGAGGUAAAAUGUUGCUCUUGUGCAAGUAAGUUUUUAUGUUUCCGAUAAUGUUGGUCCUCUACGUGAGAAAUGGGCGUCAACUAAUUAAAAGACCCUGGCAUAGACUGGAGGGAAUAAGCCAUAGUCUAUGUGAGGGACCCUAAUGGAAAGUGUAAAAACUAUUUUAACAGAAGCAGACAGAGAGAACAAUUUGUUAGGUACAACUUGAGCAUAACAUGUAUCUGUGGAAUAGAGCAAUAUCAAAAGCAAGCAGAUGUCCAGGUAAACUAACUAUUGUGUUUUAUGGAGAUUGGGAAUUUGUAAAAGAGGCCCUCCAAACAUCAUAACUCCCUUCCUCUGUAAAAACCCAGUGGAAAAAAAUUAAUUUACCUGGAAUCCAGAAGCUCAGGUGUCACCGCUGCUCUUGCAAAUACUUCUCAAAAAGGAGGGUAGGGAUUUAGAAAAAUGAUAGUUACGGGGGAAGGAAGGCGGGGAUGGAGGGGGUAAGUAAAUGAGGGAGAGAGAUAUAAAAUUCCACUCGCAAAUAUGACUCAUUGAAGUGGUUUUGGUGCACUGCACAGCAAUGCUUUCCUAUGGGAGUAGUCCGAAUGCGACAGUGGCACUUGCCGUGUCAGUUUUCCCCUGCUGGCAGAUGUCAGCGGAGGUGCAUCCUGACCCAGCACGAGGGACAUCGGCGCUGGAAUCAAGAAGGGUUUAUAUCUCUCUUAUGGCCAGGGAGGGAGGCAUUAUAGGGCUAGGAAAACAACGUUUUUUUCCUAGCGUUAUAGUUUCUGUUUAAGUCUGCUACCAGUGUACUGUGUGCGCUGUCGACAGAUGUAAUGUUUGAACAGAAGGGAGAUCAUAUUUAGAUUUGAGUAUUUUUACCAGAUCAUUACACACAAUUCUCAAGAAAUGCAGUAAUUUAACAGUUCCAGUAGACCAUUUAAUGAGAGCUGAGGCAUAUGAAUAGACAUUUUGAGGAACAAUUCCAGCUUUAUAAUUGCUACUGCCCAAUGCAGUGGUUAUGGUUUCAGGAACGUCCUUGUACUGUCCCAUUGUAAGGUGUCAAACUGUUUGUCAUUAUUUUAGUUUUUUAGUAUCUUUUAUUUGACAUUUUACCUGAGUUCAGCUGAAAAUCACAGACCUUCAGUGCUUUGCUCUAUAGAGCAAUCUAGCCCUUCCUGCUAGAGAACAUUGCAUGUGCUGUGGGCUCCCAGCUGGAGCAACGUGAGUUGUUAAAUCCUACUAAAACACUAACAUACUACCGUAAGGAGGUGCCGGGGGUACAUAGAUGUUAUGGUGCUUGAAGUGUUCUUCUAAGAAGACGUAGGUUGUUUGUAUAAAUAUUAAAGCAGUAUAAACUUUAAUUUUGUUCUCCAGUACCUGAAUGGACACUAAGAACCAUAAUCAUUACAGCUGAUUGUUGUGGUUAUCAUGCUAGCAGGUACUGAAGGCUUCUUUCACUUUUCCUAGUUCUAUGAGAUAUUAUUUGAACAGCUUGACACCAAAGGAAGGGCCAUGCAUGGGAAAUGUAACUUCCACAUUAACAAAGGGAAAGUGUUGGGUCACGGAUGCCUGGUGAACCCUUAGUUUGUGUCAAGCUCUCUGACACGUUCACGUAGAAGUAAUGGACAAUGAAAGUAGUCGGCUAACACAAUAACCACUACAACAGGAAGUAGAAUUUGUGAUGCUUAGUUAAUCUUUAGAGGUCUGCAAAACACUUAUUUUUAUGUAAUGUUUUGGGAUGUCCUUGCCUAAUUCCCUUGUGCUUAUGAUAUUUGGAUCAAUUAAUGGACCUCGAUAGAAAUCCAAAUAAAUGUCAGCAAUCAGCAAGACUGUCUCUUGGUAAUUUAUAAUGCCAUCAAACGUGAACAAGCCAACGCUUCGACACAAAAUGUGUCAUUCUCAAGCUGUGAGACAGUAUUGCUGAGGAUUAUUUGGAUUAAUUUGUGUACAGGUACAUUUUAAGUGGGAGAACUUCCAUCUGAAAUUAAAAAAGGAAAUCGGAACAUACUGUUUUAGAAAACAUUAGUUUAUGAGUUGGACACAUUUCUUUUCAGGAUUGAUGAGUUUGUUCAUGUUGAGAGACAACCUGCAUAUUUUGUCCAAUAUUCAUACUGCUAUGUCUGACAAAACCUGAAAUGGAGUAAUUUAACAGACCGUUUUAAAAGGAUGCCUCACGCUCCAUCAUAGCUUAUGCUCAGUGCAUAGGUUAUGGUGCCUGGAGGUCACAUGACACCCCACACACAGUUGCUUUUAAAAAAAUUUAUUUUUCCUUGUGCACAAUAUUACAGACAAGCUUGUAGCGCCACGACAGCGAGUACAAGCUAUUCAGUGGCAUACAAUAUCAUGGCAGAGUUAUCAGCACAUUUAAUUUUUGUGAAAGGUAAUAGGCUUGUGAUAAUUGAGUGGAACUUUUGUCGAGUAGCUAGUCGAUGCAUUCAUGGUUAUAUGGUCGUUAUGUGAGUGGUGGGUAUUCAGGCUAUGUAAGCUCAGGUAUAGAUUGCUAAUCAUGAGUGCGCCUACAGUGAGCAAGGUGAUUGUGUAGUGAUAGUGGAGGAGUGGUGGAGUCGCGGGCAGAGUGUGUUAGGCAGAGUGAAAGAUUGCAUGUUAAGUUGCCUAGCGUGCUAGCAAGACAGGCAGAGUACAUUUCAGUGUAGUGUUCUUCUGCUAUGUCUGGUCAGGUGUCGUCUGCAAUGCCGCAUGGUAAGUGAGUCCUGUAUAAGGAAAGCGGUCCUGGCUUGUCGGGACUCAAGCUAGCCCCUUCAGUUGUUCCUCCAGACCACCCUUUGGUGCCCCUGCGAUGGUUGCUGUUUGCGCUGUCAUCAGCCCACUGCUGUGAUCCUGCAGGCGUCUGUGUGGGGCCAGACGGGCUCUGUAGCGACAAAUUGUGCCAUAAAGUAGUCUCUGGAGACGUAAAAUCCACCAUCUGAAGGUGCUAUCGCAGGUCUGAGGUGGCUGUUUAGUCAUGGCUGUAGCAGAGUUUCCCUUAUCCCGGUUGGGAGGCAUGCUGUUUCUUUGGGCGGGUUUGGUGCCUGUGUAAGCCGGGAGCUUGCUAUGUUCACCCGGCGAAGACUAGUAGAGGACUCACCGCUGGGCUGAUCUUGCGGUUGCAUGUUUGGGUGAGUGGUGCGGUUUCUCUCCCCUGGGGCUUCAUAGGGCGGGAGCUGCUGGUGUUGUGCCCCGCGCCGUCGCCAUCUUAGCAUCCUGCCUCGCGGUCUCCACACUUCCCGAGUCCUCUGAUAUGGGGACCGGGAUAUCCCCCCCGAUCCCGAGGGGGGAAUGGGACCGGCAGGCAUUACAUGAGGUCGGCUUGUGGUGUCCAGGUAGGGAGACAGGGCAGCGGCCGUCCACCCCGCUCCCUCCCGUGUAGGCCGCAGUCCCCGAAGUUUCGUACCUCCCUCUGGGGAUCCAAAACUCCCGAUCUCGGGUUCUGCUGCUUUGUCCGCAGCCGCAGGUACUUGCUUUGGGUUCCAUGCGGGUGUCAGAGUUGCAGUAUUUGCCUUAGAGGCCCGAUUUCUCCGGAGCCUCUCCUGCAUGCGACCGGUCAGCAUGGCGGUCCGGCCCCGGCCCCCACACAGUUGCUUUUAACUGCAGCAAUUUGCAAAAGAUGCUGCAGCUAUAAGCCAACAGCCUCUCCAUUUCAGAUAGAAGCCUAUCUUUUCCCUUGCGUGCCAAAAUAUCACUAGUAGAGUAUACGCAAUACACAAAUCCCAUCUCCUCUGACAAACUCACUUUUAUCUGGUGCUGGAGCGUAGGUAGCAUAUGGGCUAUAUUGUCUAUAGUCACAUUUGGUUCUUUAUUCUGCAAGAAGGCCAUAGAGUAGGUUAACCUUUUUAGGUCUGUUUUCAAGCUCCUGUGUCAGUUUGGUGACACAGAGAUGGUAACUGACAAUUGGGCAGGGUUAAAUCCUAUUGAUCCCAUAAAGAUAUGUUGACAUCACCUCUUUGAACUGGCUAUAGUGUUUGAAGUGUUUAUUAAAAUAGUUCUAUGUUCACUUUAAUAAAAAAUAAAAAGCCUACGAGCAAUCUAAUUGCCCCAUGAAGGGGCUUUUGGCCACGUAAAAAAAAAAAGAAAGAAAUAGCCUCCAAGAGGUCUAAUUGCCCUAUCAUGGGGCUUUUGUGCCUAACUCAGAUACUCAGGCACACAUGUUUUUUGUCUUUCAUACUUUGGAACUUUUACAGCCUUGUCUGGGAAAUCGGUAUUUCUUCAUUAAAGGGAAUUUGUCACUUUCCAGGAGAUGUAAUAUUAAGUUUACUUAUCCAUCCUUAUAUUUAUUAAAUAUGUUUGUGAUGUGUGGGUAAAAUAGAAAAAAAACUGUAAAAAUCCAUUGUUACCUGGGCACCUCCAUCUUAGCUCCCUGCUAAUCAUUAUUGUAAGCUCUGUCCUCUGCACAUGUCGAUUAGCAUACAGAGAGCAUACACAUAUUUUAUUCAGUAGUGUACUUUCUAAAAAAGUCCCCAUUAAGAGGGUUGACACGACAGUAUGUAUAGUGCAUGGCUGCAUUUGAUCUGCACUCUAUAUGGGAUGCUGAUAUAGUUGUGUUUGUGUAUGCAUGGUUAUAAAAGACUUUGGUCACUUAUUAAAUCUAACAUUUGUCUUUCAGGUGUUUCAGAGUUUGGAAGACCAUCACCUGGAGGUGGUUUCCUUCUUCCGUGAGAAUGGCUUCCACGGUCUCAUUGCUCAUGACUCUGAGUAUGCUCUGUGCAACAUUCCAUCUUACUACAGCUCCCAUGCACUAAAACUCAGCUGGAAUGGGAAGAAUCUUACCACCAAUCAGUUUCUCAUGCAGGAGGUAGCCAAGCAGCUGGGACUGAAGAUGAGCAACUUCCCCAUAUUUGCCGCCCUUUUGGGUAAGAAUUCCUUGUUGGCUGAUGAAUGGAAUGCCAGCAGUAUUCACAGUACAAACUUAUAAAAGGAACUUUGCCAUAUAGUCAGAGAAAUUUAAAGCGGCACUGUCAUGGCAGAAUCCAAUUUUUUUUUUAAACCCCCCCUCCCGACUCCACUACAUCUAACUGACCUCCUAAGCCCCCCAUAUUAUAUUAUUAUUUUUUAUUCUUUAUUUUCUGCCCCGAUCUAUAUUCAGGGCGCCGCCAUCUUUGUGUGGGUAGAGGAAGUCCCUGUGGGACACGUCAUCUGCCCACACUAGAUAGACUGUGAGAUUACCGAGAAACCUACUAUCCGGCCCCCACCCACCUAAAUAACAAUAAGAGGGGUGGACCUACUGUCCUCCCCCCAGGCCCCCACCCCUGAGUGGUGGGUGGGGGCCCUAAAAAACAAUAAGGGGGGGACCUACUGUCCUCCCCCGGCCCCCACCCCUGCGCGGCGGGUGGAGGCCCUAAAUAAGGAUAAGGGGGGUGGGGGGACCCUAAAAAAAACAAUAAGGGGGGGACGGGACUUACUGUCCUCCCCCCUCGGUCCCCACCCCUGAGCGGUGGGUGGGGGCCCUAUAUAAGAAUGGUGGGGGGGACCUACUGUCUUCCCGCCCUGGCCCACACCCCUGAGCGGUGGGUGGGGGCCCUAUAUAAGAAUGGUGGGGGGACAACCUACUGUCCUAGCCCCAACCCCUGAGCGGGGCCCUAUAUAAGAAUAGUGGGGGAGGGACCUACUGUCCUCUCCCAUGGCCCCUACCCCUGAGUGGUGGGUAGGGGCCCUCUUUAAGAAUGGUGUGGGGGGGGACCUACUGUCUUCACCCUGUGGCCCCCACCCAUGAGCGGUGGGUGGGGGCCCUAUAUAAGAAUGGUGGGGGGGGGAUGACCUACCGUCCUCCUCCCCCUAGCCCCCACCCCUGAGCGGUGGGUGGGGGCCCUAUAUAAGAAUGGUGGGGGACACACCUACUGUCCUCCCCCCCCCAAAUAAAACUAUCCCCUACCUACCCCCCUCACCCUAAAAAUAGUGAGGGGGGAAUAAAAUAACUAACCUGUAAAGAAAAAUUACACUUAUCAUUUGACGGUUAGGUUUUGUUUUGUUUUUUAACAGUGUUUACUAGACAUGUCCCUACUUGCGGUAUAGCGAGUAGGGGCAGAUCAUUUACUAAUACUAAGUAAUCUUUACGUAGUAUUAGUAAAUUUGGCUGAAAGACCAAUUUAGGUCUUUCAGCCUUUUGGAAGAUAACUCCCUGAUACCAUGGGAAUUAGGGAGUUAUCUACUAAGCGGCUGCAAGAUUCAUUCGCAUGAAAUUCCGAUACAAAGUGCCGAGUUGAGUUCUAAAAGAAACGGACAUACUGUUCUCAUUCAGUUAGAACGCAAUUCUGCAGUUUCAUCUAAAAUGACAGGAAGCAUCGCGAGAUCACAGAGGAAAGGUAAGAAUUAUGGGAAAAUUGCUCUGACCAGCGGAAAUGAAGCACACUUUGCUUCUUAGCUGAUCAAGCGGAGGAAAACUCCAUAAGGCAAAGAGUCACUACUUUGUCUUAUGAUUUUAAAGAAAACUAAAGAAGACCGGAAGAAAAGAAGAACAGAUCCUGAGAGAGGGGGAGAAGAGGAAGAGAUUGAGGAAAGGUAAGUUCGGCAUGACAGUGCCGCUUUAAUGGGACAGUUUGUGCACCAUAACAACUUUAUCUAAAUGAUUUUUUUUAUGGUGCCAGGAAGCCACUGGCUGCACUUUUAUCAUCAGGGAUUAAACUGUUCUUGGAACGGUUUAACCCAAAAAUGAGCCUCCUCAGGUCCACCUGAAUCUCCGUUUCAGGAAGCGCUGAGUGCCGUUAGGCAGGGAUCAGCUGACGCUCUCAGCUAAUCAGUAACUCCCCAUUCAUAAGACUGGCUUGAAAAGGAAGGUACCUUCAUUUAUUUAUUAAUUUUUUCUUCAGAGAACGGUUUAACUCCUUAAGGUAAGAGAGCACCCAGGGGGGCCUCCUGAAACCAUAACAACUUCAUUUAGGGGAAGUAGUUUUUAAGAUAAGGUAAUUUUAAACAACCAGAUAUAUUAUAUGCAUUAAGCAUAAGAUGUGUGAAAACACAGUGGGAUCAUGAUUGGGAACUCUGUCACUGAUUGACAUGUGUGUAGGCCAUAGCUCUGUUCUUACAGAAAAUGGCCUUUUAUCCAACCCACUCCCUGGCCAUCAUCUCCCUAAAUUGUUGAUCCUCUCACCAUUUUUGUUACUGUGAUCUCACCUGCCCUACUCUGCACGAACAGGAAGGGCAACUAGCUAUGCAAUACUUCCAGCAUACAAGAUAUAAAUCAUCUCCUGAUGCCUGGUUGCUUAGCAGAGGAAAGUUUUGUUUAGAAAUUUGUAACCUUUUCAUUAAGGAAGAUUAUUAAUCUGUUCACACAUUUGUAACUUUUCCUCUACUAAGAAUGGUUUUAUUUCAUUCACCCCCACCCUCUCCCUUUUUCUAAAGGCAUAUUCAUAUGAGCAGUGGGUAUGGGACAUUUCAAAUAAAACAUUUUCAAAAUUAUAGUAGAACUAACUAAAUUGUGUGUAUUGUAUUCUGUAAUUAUGUGUGUUAACCCCUUAGGGACCGAGGACGGUUCAGGACCGUCAUCGGCAUUUUUGUCUUGAGGACCGAUGACGGUCCUGAACCGUCCUAACGGUCAGAGCUACUUACCUGAUCGCCGUCGUUCCCCGGGCGGCGAUCAGCGUGGCUCCGGUUGUGGGGAGACUGCCUGCAGCCCAGACAGUCUCCCCACGGCAGAUUAGGACCCCUGUGACCAUGUGAUCGCUUAACACAGCGAUCACAUGGUCACAAUAGGUGUCCAUGUGUCUGCCUGCAGGGGGACUGUCUGUGCUGACAGGCAGUCUCCCUGCUAGUGUAAAAUCAAUUUAAAAAAUAAAGUUAGUGUUAAUAAAAAUAAAAAAAAAAUUAUAUAUGUGUAUAUAUGAUAUAUAGACAUAUAUUAUAUCUAUAUAAUAUAUGUCUAUAUAUCAUAUAUAAUGCCAUACUAAGUGUAUUUUUAUAUUAAUAUGUACUUAUAUUAAUAUAAAAAUACACUUAUAAUUAAAUUACACACGUAUAUAUAUAAUAUAUAUAAUAACUAUACAUAUUGUAUAUAUAUAUAUUAUUAUAAAAUAUAAAUAAUAAGUAAUUUAAAUUAAAUAAAAUUUUUUUUAAAUAAUAAUAAAAAAAUUUAAGAAAAUUAUAUAGCUAUAUGAAAUUUUAUUCUAACUGUAUUUUAAAAUUAAUAUAUAUAUAUUUAUAUCAAAAUACACUUAGAAUGAAUUUGUAUAUAUAUAUCUAUGUAUAUAAAAAUAAAUAAAAAUAAUAAGAAAUAUACAUAUGUCCAUAUACAAAAUUACAUAAAUAAUUAUAUAAAUAUACACGUAGACUUCAAAUAUAUAAAUAUGCAUAUAUAUUUAAAUUCUACGUGCGUAUUUAUGUAAUAUUUUUACAUAAUUCAGUAAUUUUAUUGAUUGCAAUUUGAGGGACCUGCCUGCCAACCCAGGCCGAAAUUCCAGAGAAUUUAAUUUGCUAGCACUGUAUUUUACCCUGUAACGUUCUACGACACCCUAAAACCUGUACAUGGGGGGUACUGUUUUACUCGGGAGACUUCGCUGAACACAAAUAUUAGUGAUUCAAAACAGUAAAACAUAUCACAGUGAUGAUAUUGUCAGUGAAAGUUACUUUUUUUGCAUUUUUCACACACAAACAGCACUUUUACUGAUGAUAUAAUUGUUGUGAUACGUUUUCCAGUUUUUAAACACUAAUAUUUGUGUUCAGCGAUGUCUCCCGAGUAAAACAGUACCCCCCAUGUACAGGUUUUAUAGCAUUUUUGAAAGUUACAAGGUCAAAUAUAUGGGUCAAAUAUUUUUACAUUGAAAAUGGCCAGGUUGGUUACGUUGCCUUUGAGAGCGUAUGGUAGCCCAGGAAUGAGAAUUACCCCAUGAUGGCAUACCAUUUGCAAAAGAAGACAACCCAAGGUAUUGCAAAUGGGGUAUGUCCAGUCUUUUUUAGUAACCACUUGGUCACAAACACUGGCCAAAAUUAGCGUUCAAUUUAGUUUUUUUACUUUUUUCACACACAAACAAAUAUGAAUGCUUACUUUGGCCAGUGUUUUCGACUAAGUGGCUACUAAAAAAGACUGGACAUACCCCAUAUUGAAUACCCUGGGUUGUCUACUUUAAAAAAAAUAUGUACAUGUGGGGUGUUAUUCAGAGAUUUAUGACAGAUAAUAGUGUUACAAUGUCACUAUUGAUAAAUUUUAAAAAUGUAUGUUUUGAAACCGCAAUAUCCUACUUGUACCUAUAGCCCUAUAACAUGCAAAAAAAAGCAAAAAAGCACGUAAACACUAGGUAUUUUUAAACUCAGGACAAAAUUUUGAAUCUAUUUAGCAGUUUUUUUCAUUCGCUUUUGUAGAUGAGUAAAAGAUUUUUCAAGUAAAAGUCAAAAAACAUGUAUUUUUUUCAAUUUUUCAUCAGAUUUUUGUAUUUUUUUUAAAUUAAAAUACAUGAGAUUAUAUAAAUAAUGGUAUGUAAAGAAAGCCCCUUUUGUCCUGAAAAAAACAAUAUAUAAUUUGUAUGGGAACAGUAAAUGAGAAAGCGGAAAAUUACAGCCAAACACAAACACCACAAAAGUGUAAAAAUAUGCCUGGUCGCAAAUGUACAACAUCGCAAAAACAGUCCAGUCCUUAAGGGGUUAAGGUCUCAAUUUGUUCUUCUGGUGCUUUAAUCUGCACGUCACACAUCAGCCUUAAUACAGUUCUCCAUGGCGAGCUGUAAAUAAUAGGUUUCUGUAAUAUCAUUAGUUAUCCAGCCAAGGCCCGUCCAAAUCCAAUCCUCUUGCGUGAUCACUAAAGCAGGGCUUUCAAGGUAAUAAUAUCUUCACUCAUAAGGUCUAUGAUGCAUCAAGUUAAUUAUGUGCUAAUGAGAUCCUUUAAUUCAGAUAUAUAUCCAUUCUGCAAUUUCCGUUACUGACUUAAAUUCACAGCCUGUACAAUUAAGGUGUUGAUUUUAAAUGACUCAUAAAGUAAAAUUUAAAUGACCAGAGCACCUCUUAGCCUUCUCUUUCAUUAGAGAGGAGGAAUAAAUAUAAAUUUUUAUAAAGACAAAAUGAGGUCCGCCAAGUAGAGUUCACAAAAGUGAAUGUUUGCAAAGGUGAGAGCUAGCAUGUAUUAAUAAUGAAGAACUACUGUACUCCUAUGUCACCCUAUCAAAAAGGACGUUCACAUGAACUCCAUAAGAGAUUGGUAGGAGGCAUUACUUUAUAAAGACAGAAUCUCUGCUUUUGUAUCGGCUGUUUAGAGAGCCGCAUUGAUGUCUUCUGUUGAAAAUGGUCCCAUACUCCUAGUUAUUGUAUCCAGAAACAACAGUCCUUCAUAGGCUCUAUAUUAGUUGUAUGCUCCUACUAGACUUGAUUUAGAAAGUUUAUAUUGUAAGGGGGUUAUUCAAUAAACACCAAAUUGAAAUAAAUUGCAAAGUUCAGUCAAUCUGCUAUAGAUGCAGAUCGUCUGUAAUUGCCUGUAUUUUCCCAUUCAACGUAAUUCUCUACAGUUUGGAGUAGGGAUCGACUGAUAUUGAUUUUUUUCUUUUUUUUUUGAGCUGAUACCGAUAAUCUGUGAACUUUCAGCCCGAUAGCUGAUAACUUACCGAUAUUCUGUACAUUUACCAUUUAAAAAAAAUAAAUAGCUAUUUCUACACAAAUCUACUCUUAACUGAACAUGUUUAUUAUUUAUUUAUUUUUUUGCAAAUCUGUUUUUUAUUAAGGUAAAUGCACGAAAUAUACAUGCCAGUCAGAAUUUAUGUUUUCAAGAAUAUAUGUGUGUGUAGUGUGUAUAGUGAAUGCAGUGUGUUUGUGUAGUGUGUGUAUAGUGAAUGCAGUGUGUUUGUGUAAUGUGUAUACAGUGAAUGCAGUGUGUGUUUGUUUAGUGUGUCUAUAAUCACUGCAGAGUGUGUGUUUGUGUAGUGUGUAUAUAAUUAAUGCAGAGUGUGUGUAUAUAGUGAAUGUAGUGUGUAUAGUGAAUGCAGUGUAUUUGUGUAGUGUGUGUAUAUAAUGAAUGCAGAGUUUGUGUGUUUGUGUAGGUAUGUAAUGUGUGUAAAAUGGUGGGGUGGGGGAGGGCAUUUAUUAAAAAAUGUUUAUUUUGUUUUAGUCCCCCCUCCCUGUUUCUUACCUGGCCAGGGAGGGGGAUUUGGCAUUCCCAAGGGGGCCCACACUCCCUCCAGUUCCCCUAUCUAACUCUUGCGCCCUGUGUGGCACACGGACCGUUGCUAUGGAAACCUGUGGCAACGCUCUGGCGGCCGCGGGACUCCUGAGAGUUAGACAGGGGAGCUGAAGGGAGGUGCUGGGAAGGUAAGUAAGAGUGUGCUGAGCCCCCAGGACCCUGAUGGCGGCCCUGGUCUGCAAUAUCGGUAUCUUUAUUGGCCGAUAUCUAUAUUGCUGAAAAUACAGAAUAUCGACCGAUAAUCGGUCGAUCCUUAGUUUGGAGUUUAAUAAAAUCUCCAUUUUGUAUUGUUCAAGUGACAUUUUAUUAUUUUUUGUCUCCUUUAGGCAAUCACAUCCUCCCCGAUGAAGACCUAGCUGCAUUUCACUGGAGUUUACUGGGACCGGAUCAUCCUCUUGCUUCUUUAAAGGUAAAUAUUAUUCUAUGCUUGGAUUAUUUCACAGCUGUUAUUGGUGCAUUAAGCGUGUUUGUAUAAUAUGUGAUGGAAGCUUGGGUUGUAUAUUUAGAAAUAGUAGACGUUGUUGUUUUAGUUAUAAUGUGCUAGCACUUUCCACAAAGCAUUGCAGUGAGAGUUUACCACCUGAUCUUACUUCAACUUGAUCUGUGAUCUCUGCCCGUUUAAUCCCUGUCUGCCUUUGAUGGGUGCAUUAUAGUAUCUACUAAAGAAAAUACUGUAAUUGGUUUUAUUGCUAUAGCAGUGUGUGAGGUAUACGUACUUUAUUACCAUUGGCUGCAAAGCCAGUGUUUCAGUUGUUAUGUCAACUUCUUAGUUUUUAGAUUUUUUUAAAUUUUCUUUGAGUCUUAUAGAUACCAGCUCAGAUGCCAUCCAUUAUGGAGUUUAAUUAUUUAAACAAGCCCAGUGACAUUUUCUAAGUAAAUCACACUUUAGCAUUGUGUGUAGUGAACAGUGCACAGUAUUGCACAGGAAUUGCUAAGGUACACAGCAUGGAACAUGCAGUCGAACAUUUCCAAAAUGUGGCGCUUCUGCGCAAAUUUAUUUCAAAAUAAUAUAAAAGUGAUCCGCUCGUCCAAAGGAGUGUAAGCUGCCUCUGGCUUCCUUUGCUUGUUCAUGCUAGUCUCAUUCCUUUAUGUAUGUAUUGUUAUACAAGUAAAUGGGUAGCCCCCAGGUCCCAGUUCAUGGCUUCUGUGGAUGUUACUGGACAAGAAAGAGCUCAGUGGGGUUGCUGCAAAAGAGGGAGAUUCAUAAACAAAGUUUUUGUAGUGGUGUUUUUUAUUUUAAAUUUUUUUUUCUGUAUGGUUCAGUUAGAAGAAUAAGAACACCCAUAUACUUUAUUAGCAUCUGAAACAAUAGUGUUAAAAUUAAGAAAACAAACAGUUUGUUGUAGCAUAGCUGAAUGUUGACCAGAGAGCUUGGCCUCUGUGGUGGUGUAUGAGCUACUGGUUAAUAUAUUGUGGUUUUCCUUACUAUACAUUCUUUCUCAGGUUCGAGCUCACCAACUUGUUCUGCCACCUUGUGAUGUUGUAAUAAAAGCUGUUUCAGAAUAUGUGGGGUCCAUCAAAGAUGCCUCUAAUCUGGAUGCAGUUGGCAAAGAAAUCUUCAGGCACUCUCAGGUAAUCUGAGGUUUUCCUGUGUUUUUUUUUUUUUUUGUUAAGUUAACCUCUGAUAUAUUGCAUCUAAAGGAUAAAUUACAGUUCUUUCCAUGGAAUCCGAUUUGUACUAAAUUCUAUCUUGUUUCUAGAGCAUUUUUUUUUUAUGUUUUCCAGACAUUUAUGUAGUUUAUGCCUUAUUUUGUUGGUCAGGAAGUUGUAACUGGAAUAUGUUAAAGGACCACUAUAGACACUCAGACCACUUCAGCACAAUGAAGUGGUCUGGGUGCCAGGUCCCCCUUGUUUUAACCCUGCAGCUGUAAACAUAGCAGUUUCAGGGAAACUGCUACGUUUACAUUGAGGGUUAAUCCAGCCUCUAGUGGCUGUCUACCCAACAGCCACUAGGGGCCGCUUCCGUGAUUCUCAGUGUGAAAAUCACACUGAGAUGACGCUGACGUCCAUAGGAAAGCAUUGAGUAAUUGAGUAAGGCUCUGGCCGCGCAUGCACAUUCGGAACUGAUGUCGGCAGGGGGAGGAGAGGUCACCAGCACCGAGUGAGCCCAGCGCUGGGUUAAAGGGACACUAUAGUCACCUGAACAACUUCAGCUUAAUGAGGUUGUUCAGGUGAGAACUAUAGCUCCCUGCAGCCUUUCUCAUGUAAACACUGUAUUUUCUGAGAAAAUACAGUGUUUACAUUGAAAGCUAGGAACACCUCCAGUUGCAGUCACUGAGUGAACCAGAGGGACUUCUGAGUUGAUGGAGGCAUAAUUUGCCUCCAUCCACUCAGAUCUGCUGUGCAUGAGCAUCCUGUGAUUCAGUAUCUCCUCCCACUGCAUGCAGACACUGAACUUUCCUCAUAGAGAUUCAUUGAUUCAAUUCAUCUCUAUGAGGAUGCUGAUUGGCCAGGGCUGUGUUUGAAUCAUGCUGGUUCUGCCCCUGAUCUGCCUGUUUGUCAGUCUCAGCCAAUCCUAUGGGGAAGCAUUGUGAUUGGAUCAGGCUACCACAUGUCAGCAGACUGCUUGUUUUUCUGAGUCUAACAGCAUGCAGAUUUACAGCUUCAGGCUUGAAUACAGUAAGAUUUUUACUAUAUUUAUGGAGGCAUGAGGGGCCCAGGGGGCUAGAUGGUGGUGUUAACACUAUAUGGUCAGGAAUACAUGUUUGUGUUCCUGACCCUAUAGUGAUCCUUUAAGGUAAGUGGCUGAAGGGGUUUUAAUCACUUCAACCCAGCGGGAGGGGGGGACCUAAUAACCCUAUAGUGCCAGGAAAACUAUUUUGUUUUCCUGGGACUAUAGUGCUACUUUAAUAAUAUAUACACAUUUCAGAAUCAUUCAUAUAUAAAGAGGUAUGGUAUAGAGAUUGAAGAAGUCUUGCAUUUAAAGGGACACUCAAGCACUGAGACCACUUCUAUCAGAUGAAUUGGUUAUAAUGCUUACAUUUCCUUGGUGCCAUUCCACCAUUUUUGAAACGGUUGAACGCUAAAUGUUAACUAUUCUUCCUGCUUGGCUACUUUGACCUUAAAGUUGAAAUUAAUUUCAAUUCUCACUGUAGAUCUAGAACGAUAGAUAUGGUUAUAAUUGUAAAUGCUUGCAAGGUGGUUUGUAUGUUAUCUCAAAGAAGUGAAACUUUGUCCUCUCAAGUGGGCAUAAGCAUGCUGAGGGCUAACACUAGCAGAGAAAGGAAAAGAAAAUUAACUAACAACUAGCAUUUGUUUCCCAUGUUGAAAUUGUGUUUCCUCUGUGUAGAGAUGUGGCUGAAGCCAUGUUGUUAUUCUGAAAUCACUUUUUUGCUCUUCAGUCCAGAACAGAAGAUAAGAUUGAGCGUUUCAAGAAAGCAGUGGAAUAUUAUUCUGUGGCGACCAAGCAACGUCCACCCCAACUCAACCCAUCCCCUUUUGUUGGUGAGUGUCUUGGAUGUACAGUGCUUCAAACAUUCUGCAAGCCUGACCACGUUUUUAAGCCAUUUCUGUUAUAUGUCAUUGCCCAACUGUUACCCUGAUUAUGUUCUCCCAUGGCUUUUGGAGUAUGCAUUGACCUCAGUUGUCUUUCACAGUUGCCGGCUAUGGGCCCAGCCAGUUUGGUGUACCACCACUUCACCAUGGUCAGAUGGGAGGAAUGCCUCUUGGGAAACCCAUGGUGAGUCUUUGUUACUCUGCACAGUAAUGCAUUGAAAUUAUGGUUACCAAGUGCACUACCUGUAAAUGCUUUCUUUAAAUAUUAAUAAUAUAUCUGUGUACCAGGUUUCUUUCAGGAUCAGGGCUUUAUACAGAGGUUGCAUAUUGAAAUAUUGGGACCUGAACACUGGUUAGCACAACAUCUAGAAGGGCCCUUUGCUCAAUUACAGAUGAAGUUAGUGCAGGACUGAUGAAAAGAGAUCACAUAAACCAUACAUUACCUGAUUCUUGAAGGACAAACUAUCAGGAUUAUUCACUAAAAUGAGAAUUCAAAGUGAAUUUAAAAUUUAAGGCCAAAUAGCCGAAUUGAAAAAUUCCAGAGUGUUUCCAGUUCAGCUCCUUUGAAUUCUCAGUUUAGUGAAUAACCCUGUAAGACUGACAAACCUGAGCUGUGAUAAUGGUUAUGCCCACUAGGAGGCUCCAUAGUAAUUAUUUUGUUUUGUACGUCUUCUAGUGGUGAUUUAGGAUAUAACACCAGUCCUGUUACUAAGUCUUUGUGGUAAGAGUUUUUGUUUGAAUGAAAUUUCAUUCAUCACCUCAGGGAUUAAUUUUUACUCCUGAUGGAUUACAGUGUAAUGACAGCAAAUAUUGCCAAUGUGAUUUUCUUACAUUUCCUAGUAAUUAAGUGAUCUUCAGAUAUGGAUAAUGCUUAACACGUUGUUUGUUAUUGUAUUGUAUCAGCUAAAUGACAAUCAGAAAAAUUCUAAAACCUCUAGAAGGUCUAGCACACCUAACUAGGUUUGCCAUGUUUCCCUGGAUACACAUUACGUAUUCAUACUGGUGGCGGGAUGUGCAGUGUGCUGUGCUGUUCUAAGUGAAAGCCACAAGGUGCAGGAGGGAAAUCGAUUAUUUACAAAGGUUCUGCAAAAGAACCUCAGGUAUCAGCAUUUGUGGUCUGCACUUUUCAUGUGCUAGCCAUCAUCAGGUAAAAGUCAUAUGUGUCCACGACACAUGGUGGAUCUGGCAACCCUCCUAACGAUCUUUGAGGUAUGGAGUAUGCCACAACUGUGCUAUUUGAAUUGGCGCCUCCAUAUUGAUGCCUUGUUAAUUUGUCUUUCUGGAAUUCUUCUGUAAAUAAGUUCUUUAUUUUAUUUUUGCAUGAAUGAUUUGUCACAUUUUGGUUUGCCCACAGUGAGAUUAUUAUACUGAAAUGUUUCAAAUAAAUCACAGGUAGUUUGUUUAGAACUAUUCCUUGCCUGACUGACGUGAAUAUUAAUGCAUAAUUUGAGUUUUCUCUCUGGUCUUAAAAUAAUUCAGGCAUAGUCCGUUUUUGUAAAACUUAGGGAAGUUGCUAGCUUACAGAUUCACCUGAGCUGUAGCCCAAAGGACAACAUGAUGAGGACUCCUCUCUCCAGACAGCAGUCCUGUGUCCCUCACCCCAAAUCCUGACUCUUUUUUUUUUCUUAAAUUUAAUUUCCUUUACUCCUUUUGUGUCUCUUUAUCCACCGAUCUUCCUGAACUAACUUUGUGUUUCUGGCCGUCAGUCUUUCCUCACCCAUAUGUGUAUCCCAUCUCCCUCAACCCCUUUCGGUAUGUCUUGUACCUCACUUGUAUCCUGCUCCCUGAAGCGAUCUGCAGUUAAAAAGCAAAAAUUUUGGAGGCUCUAGUCUCUAAGGCACUACCUAAGAACACCUAUAAGUAUGUCUGGUGGAAUUUGAUCUAAAUCACAAGCAAAUUUAGCCAAAAAUAACUUUUAAGUGUCCCUAGAUGACUCAACGUCAUACCUACUCUAACUAGAUAUGUGUGUUGCAGUUGACACAGAGAAAGGAAUUUCACUGCAAAGUGGUAUAUUGCCUCUUUGGAUAAGUGUUUUUAUUUUGUAAUGUAUGUUUCCUUUAUUUAGUUUGGACACCAGAUGCAAGCAAAGCUACAGUAUCAACAUCCCUUUCCUCCAGGGCCAAAUUCUGGCUUCUUGUUUUCUACUCAUCCAUUGGGUGACCUGCAACACUUUCAUGACGAAAACCUAAUAAAAGGAGGAGCCUUCUCAGGCUGGUCCUUGCCCUAUGAUUCAUCUGCUUCCAAAUUUCCAAAUCAUCUUACUUUGAAACCCUCCCCAUCAUCUGGCCAUGAAUCUUCACCAUCUUCUUCCUCUGACGAAGAUCAGAAUGGUGCCACAUCGAAGUAAGCUGCAGAUGUAAUCUGUGUAGUUAAAAAUGUAGAUGUUUGUGGUUUGUAGAAAGGUCAGCUUACAAUUUCUGUUUUAUUAAAAUAUUGCUUUUUUCCCUCAUCUUUACUACCCAGAACCCAGAUAGUUUAUAAAAUUUACAAGACACUUUUUAUUUUUGUUUUUCCUUCACCGCCAAAACUGUGAUGUUAUCCACACCUGCAGAUACUUUUUAUGGUGUUAGGAUUGGGAUGCUUAUCUUCUGUAUGUGUUGAAAGGAAAUUAGUCCUAUAUCACACCCAGAAAUUGGUAUACUGUUUCAUUGUCCAGGGUAGCAGCACAUUGUAAAUGAUAACCUGGUUAUUUCACUGUCUUUCCCGAGUCAUGUCACAGAAAAUCGUCCGCAUAAACCUAGCUGGGAGGAAUCCUCUGGGGAGAAACAUACCCAAUCCUGGGGCCAGCAGUCCGGAUCUGGAGAUUCUAACCAAAACAUGGGACACACAGAAAACCAGAUUCCUUCUUUACUGUCCAUGGCAACUCGCAACCACAUGGAUAUUACCACACCACCUCUCCCUCCAGUGGCCCCCGAGGUCCUUCGAGUGGCAGAGCACAGACAUCGUCGGGGUCUUAUGUACCCAUAUAUCUAUCAUGUCCUUACAAAGGUGCGUACUGUCUUCCACAGGAGAUCUUAAAAAGCAACUUCAGUAAGGAGUGAGGCUGUUGAUUUACUUGCUAUUUUAUUUCUACUUUUUAAUAUUCUAUGUUGCUGCAGAGUAUAUGUUGGUACAAUAUAAUUGAUGAUAACACCAUUAAACUUAACAAUUAUCGAUGGAAAACACAGUUUAUGUAGUCAUUUUUCCUCUGAUCUCUAUUGAUGUUUCUGAAAUGGCAAAAAUUAAAAAAAUGUAUGGUGCACCACAGACACAAUUUAAACACUGCAAUUUAAGAACACUAAUGAAUUCUUCCAACCCUUCCCACUACAUUGAAUAAUAGAUCAAACACAAAUUAGGACUCCCUGCUUGAAGGUUUCUGUAUGUUUCCCUUACCAAUAUAGUAUACUCCUAUUGCUCCUACAGGGUGAGAUUAAAUUGCCAGUCUGCAUAGAAGACGAAUGCAAUGCCGAUCUCCCUCCUGCAGCAAUCCUUUUUCGACCAGCACGUCAGUAUGUGUACGGAGUCCUCUUCAGUCUUGCAGAGACUCAGAGAAGACUAGAACGGCUUGCCAUGCGGAGGCGUCUCCCUGUUGAUGGUGAGGACACCCUAACUGAAUUUUAUAAUCAUAAAAUUCAUUGACUUUUUAUGUGCUGUCUGUAGGGUUUAUCUGCAGUAUUGCUUUAAAUGUUUAAAAAAAAGAAGAAGAAGAAAGGAAUUUAUCAGUACACAUAGAAGCAAGAAUUUAUUAUUCUGUAUUUAGUCACACAAUGGCCUUUAAGACCUCUCAUAUGAAUAAAAUACAUAUCUAUAUUAUAGUCCUAUUUGCAUCAACCCCGCUCAUGCAAUUGUUUUAAUUCCAGCAUUCUCCAAUGUCCAGUUUUGGAUUAAUUCUUGCAUUAGGUCUGCAGCAUGCCUAAUCUCUCAUUGCUUCAAAGCUCUCAUAACACGUCAUGACAUUGCUUUUUAACAUAGUAAAACAUUUGACUAAUAAUGUUCACCCUCCUGACUACUAAUGUUUUCUUCCCCUUGCAAUGUUUUUUCUCUCCCUGAAAUAGACUACCAAUUACCUAGGUGUAUUGUUAUUUCUAUAGCUGUAUAGUGAUUCAAUAUUUUCCAGUACUAGAGAAUUUAACAUAGAUAUAUCUCAGCAUGCAAUGAAGUAUGCCAAAUAACUGUAUCUAUAUUAUAUGAUCUGCCUGUGGAUAAGGUAGGCUUUAAAACCAAUAUUCACUGUAAAGUAUCCACACUACUGACUAAAUUACUCGGUCAUUUUUUUUUAAUGUUAACACAUUGGCAGUCAUUCUCUUAAUUUUCUUAAAGGACCACUAUAGUGUCAGGAAAACAAACUUGUUUUCCUGACACUAUAUAGUCCUCAGGGCCCCCCUUCAGCCACUUACCUUUAUCUAGCGCUGGGCUCCCUCGGCGCUGGUGACCUCUUCUCCCUCUCCGAGGUCAGCUCCCGAGUGGAGCCGAAUGCAAAUGCGCGGCCAGAGACGCGGGCAUUGAAAUCACCCAUAGGAAAGCAUGAACGUUCUGCCUGCUCAAUGCAAUUUUCGCAUUCAGCGUCGGGGAACCGCCUCUACCGCCUGUCAGGAAGACAGCCACUAGAGGUUUAUCUGAAACUGCUAUGUUUACAGCUGCAGGGUUAAAACCUGGGGACCUAGCACCUAGACCACUUCAUUGAGCUGAAGUGGUCUGGGUGCCUGUAGUGGUCCUUAAAUUAUGUUUGGCAUUGAAUACUUUCUGUACUGUCUCUAGCUUGCUCUCAGUAAAUCCUGUGUUGUGUUAAGCUGCAUUAUGCAGAGCGUAAUCUUCCUAAUGGUAUUUUUGUCCGGGACAAGCUGUGGGCCAUGCACUGUUAAGCUGCCUUCGUUAUCUUUCUGUUGGUUUUGAAUUUCAUGUUUUACUUUUUUCACACCCAGUUCUUCAAAGAAUACAUAAGUGGAAAUGUUCUGUUAGAAUAAACUGGUGCUUUGGCGGUGUUUUUCUCUCUAUCAUACUUUUACUUUUUUGGUAGUUAAUGCCAUAAUUUGGAUGGAGCUUCUCUUUCCUAAAAAUAACCUAAAUAAAGGGACACACAUAGCUUCUAUAUUUCAGUGACUGCAAAGUUAUAAAACAUUUGGCUAUCAUUAUUACAUCUUAACAUAACUGAUAUUUUUCAAUUAUUACCUAAGAUUAUGUAAAUGCUUACUCAUACGACCAAGGUAAAGCUGAAAACAAAUCUGUAUUCUUAAUACUAUAGUGUCCCUGUCUCCAAUUUAAUAGGUCCCCCACCCCACCUCAUAGCAUGAAACGGGUUAAAAAAACUUUUUACAGUUACGUCUUCUCAUUGUCGUGGUUUCCUCGGUGCUGGCUAGUUCUUCUUCUCACGCAACGUGCAGUGCAUGCAUUCCGUAUGGGGAAUUUGAAAACGUUAAACAUCCUUAUACAAAGCGCAACGAUGUCCAAUAUUUCACAGAGUAAAACUGUGGAAACACUUUAAGCGUCUGUUUGGAAGACAGCCUCUAGAGGUGGACUUUACCCUGCAAUGUAAACAGCUCUGAAACUGCAAUUUUAUACAUUGCAGGGCUAAAGGGAUUCUCUAGUGCCAGGAAAACAAACAGUGUCGCACAUCCCACAUUGCUGAAGGGGUUAAAACCCCUUCAGUCACUUACCUGAAUCCAGCGCUGAUGUCUCUCGGUGCUGGGUCAGGUUUUGCCCGCCGACGUCAGCAUACUGGGUGCCUACAGUAUCCCUUUAAGGGGACAGGCAUUGUUCAUUGAGAUUAAGUGGUCUGGGUGCCUAUAGUUUCCCUUUAAAAUAUGUGUCUUAAUAUUAUCCCCCAGUUGUAGCUGUGUGAUAGCUUAAUUUAUUAAUGAUGCUUGAACUAUUAGUGGAAAAACUUUGCCUACAUUGCUGCCUUAACCUGUCCUCAAGCUGCCAUAAAGCCAAGUUACUUUAGUAACAAGCUUUAAAAAAAAAAAAAAAAGCUGUUCCUAAAUACUCUGGUUAGUUAUUAAACUGAUUUAGGAGUUGCCACACUAGAACUGCAGAUUUAGGAUGUGGUAGAUUAGAAAGGGAUGGAUGACCACAGGAUACUUAUCCUGAUAUAUAAAUAAUAUUUAAUACAACUUAUUAAAAGCAUAUAAGGCAUGCUCCUUGUCAUAGUGACUAGUCCUCCACAGUUAAUCAGCUGUCAGUUCGGUGCGUGAAUUUCCUUCUUUAAUGCCGCCCCGUUAGUUACCUUUUCUUUUGUUGCAGAUGAUUGCUUAGAUAGGGCUGUCACGGGAGAUGGGACUCCUUGUACAUGUUCCCUUAUUUGGAUUUUGUUUUGGAUUUUGUUUCAUCUAUCACCCUGCAUUCAAAUUUAAUCACUACCAAAUAAUUGUUUCCUUGUGUUCAGCUAUCCAUUCCCUUUUGUUCGGUUACCAAACAGACUAUGUGUGGGUCCCCCUUGUUAACCCCUCACAAUCACCGACCACCCCUGGCCGUUAACAACAAACAAACAAUCACCUCAAGUGCUUCCCUGGGUGGCCGCCAUUCGCAUAUACGAACACACGUGCUAUCAGGACUGGCGGCCAUCUUGUCUCCCGAACGUAGGCCGCGGUUCAUGGUUGUCGACGGCAUGGAUCUCUGAGUUGGCUACGCAAGUUUGUGAACCCCGCUGAAACUUGUACCCCCGUCCGUUCGACUUCCUGACCAGCUAGGAGAUCGGCGUUCAGGAGUAAGAAAAUACUGAACAAGGGAAGCAUUAAUUUCUUAAAAGCCAGGGGCUGCGUCCUUUCGGUGUAUGCACAGGGACCCCCAAAAGUCGACCGGCCAGCCUGACCAAUUUGGUCAGGUCAAAACUUUGUGCGAACCCAACUCUUGUUCUACAGAACGGAUCUGAGCGCUUUUUGGAUGUGUUGUGCGCUCAGAUCGGGGCUAUUCUGGAAUACAGUUUUUGUGGGGUUCCUGUACUGUUUUGUAUUUUUGUGAUAUGUACACAUUGUAUGUAAGUUUUCCUAUUUGAGAGAUAAUUGUUAUCUUAAUUAGAGCUCAAUUAUCUCUCAAACACAAUGGCUUGUGGGAAGGAAACCCCUGUGAUAUUGUCUUCGAUAUAUAUAUUCGAUAUAUGUGAUAUAAACUCCAUGCUAGGGACACUGUAUAAAAAGCAGAAUGUGGCCUAUUAAAGUCAGAUUGCUUCUUCUACCCAGUACGACUGGUUGCGUCCAUUAUAUUGGGGGAAAUGCUACACAACGAUAAUAUUACCAUAUUCAGCACAUCUGAAAUUAUGACUAGUGGAGAAUUGAAGGACUAACAGCAAUAGACUAGCGACAAGGGCAUAGCUAGUCAGGUGUAUUUAGGUAAUGAUAUAUACUCCUUUAACGUUAAUCCGUAUCUUCUUUUUUUUCUGUCUCAGUGCCACCAGUGAUUAUUAAAGAAUGGUCAGCAUACAAGGGGAAGUCUCCUCAGACUCCAGAGCUGGUGUCGGCUUUGACGUUCCGAGAGUGGACUUGCCCAAACCUGAAGAAGCUGUGGCUCGGCAAAGCUGUAGAAGACAAGAAUCGUAGGAUGAGAGCAUUCCUGGCCUGCAUGAAGUCAGACACUCCCAGCAUGCUUAAUCCUGCAAAUGUUCCCACUCACCUCCUCCUGAUGUGCUGUGUGCUGCGGUGAGAAACAGUUUAUUCUACUCUUCAUGUGAGCAGCAUUUAGGCUCCACUGAAUGGGGAAGAGUCAAUGCCCAUGUUUCUUUUGUUGCAGGUACAUGAUGCAGUGGCCUGGAGGAAGGAUAUUACUCAGGCAUGAGCUGGACGCUUUCUUGGCACAAGCUGUAUCUGCACAGCUGUAUGAGCCAGAUCAGCUACAGGAGCUCAAGGUAAGAACACAAUAUUAAUGCAAAUCUAUAUGUAUUUCACAUGAAAGAGUUUACCAAUCAGUAUCAAUACAUUAAAAAAAUGAAUAGCAGUUGAAAAUGGGAAUAUGAAACUGCAGAAUGUUUCAGCAAGAGCAUAUUUUUUUAUUAUUAUUUUUUCCCCCCCAUUGGGCAGAUUGAGAAGUUGGAUGCCCGAGGUGUACAGCUUGCAGCUCUUUUCAUGAGUGGGGUGGACACUGCACUUUUUGCCAACGAUGCCUGCGGCCAGCCAGUUCCUUGGGAGCACUGUUGCCCCUGGAUCUACUUUGAUGGAAAGUUAUUUCAGAGCAAGCUGAUCAAAGCGGGACGGGAAAAAGCUCCUUUGAUUGAACUGUGUGAUGGCCAGGUAAGAAUUCACAAAUAAAAUAAAGGUUUAGAAGGGAAAAGAUGUGGGGGAAGUAAAGGCAUGUAUACGGAUGGAUAGAGAACCUGAAUAAGGGAAGGAACAUCUGAAACAGCAUUGUUCAAUAUAAGUAUCCUCCACAAAGAUUUUUACAAGUCUCUUGUGUUUAUGUUCCAACAGAUUAUAUUCACUGUGUUGAUUAGCCUUAUCGAUUACCACAUGUGUCGUUUCCUAUAAGUUUGCUGAUGUGUCUUCAGUAAAUGCACAAUUAUUGUUUGUUCCCUUUGGGUCCUCCGUAUAAUCUGUGUAUAGAGUGGUUGGGAAAUUACAUGUGUUCAAAUCGCAAUUGAUUACCAUUUUGCUUUACCCAGGGAGAGCAGGCAGCCAAAGUGGAGAAGAUGAGACAGAGCAUUCUUGAGGGGAUCAAUCUAAAUCGUCAGCCACCUCCUCCUCUUUUGCCUCCUCCACCAUUCAUGCCCCCUAUGAUGCCACCAUUUUACCCUGUGUCACUGUAUCCAAGAGCCAUGGGUUCAAUGCCCCCACCGCCACCCGGUAGGAACAGAGGGUUUUCAGGUGUGUGUUGUGCUUUUUCUUUUUUUCUGUACUACGUUUGCACAUCACUCUGCUUUCCGCCACUGAUUGUGUUUUUGAUUUGCCACAGGAGUCCAUCCCAUUCCUCCACAGGGAGGCAAGCUAGAAAUAGCUGGCAUGGUGGUAGGCCAGUGGGCUGGUAGUAAACCUUCCCGUGGUCGAGGAGCCUUUGGCAUGCAGGUUGUGUCUGUUGGUGGCCCAGGAAAAGGGUAAGUGAGAAAUCAUUUUGGAAAAAUCUUUUAUGAGUAUAAAGUUGCCACAGGAGGUGUCUACUGUUAAAAAAAAAUAGAACUUCUCAUAUUGACAAUUUUUAAUAAUCAUAUUUAAUGUGAAGUAUAAUAUUCUUUGUCAUUAUUUUAGAUUCUGGUGUAUUUAUUUGCAGAUCUAUAAUUGAGAAUAAAAUAAAUAUGAUGAUAAAACUUAGAUGUCACUCUAACCUUUUUAUCUUUGUUUUUCUUUUUCUUUUUUUCUUCAAGUCGUGGAAGAGACCCUUCAAACAAAGUAACAAAAAAUAACAAGAAGGUGAACAAGCAGGUAUGGAGUGAAGAUUUAGAUAUCUAUAGAGAAUUGUGCUACUAAAAACCAUUUCAAUCUAUCAGGGAUAAAAGGUGUUUUUCAGAUUAAUAGCCCAAGUAGUUGAAAGGAAAAUAAAUGGCUCUGGGCACCUUAAAAAAUGUAAUCAAAAUCAAGUUGUUAUGGUACCAUGAGGUCCCUUGCGCUUAGUUACCCAUAGAGGUUCAGCCAUUUGCAAUAGGUUUAACGUCAAGGUUGGCUCUCCUGUCCGCUUCUCACUGUCUCAAUCGACAUGUGAUUUCUGAAAUUCAGCUACAGGAAGCACUGACGUCCACUUGCUGGUGUGCCGCUGGUUGGCUUAGAGCAGGCAGCUAUGCUGUGAGCAAGUCAGUAGCUCCCCAUUCAUUUAAAAAAAAAAAAAAGUAUGUAACUUUUCUUUUUUUUUUAAUGUAUUUUUUAAAUCCAGUUGCGCUGCAGGUCCAGCGUGAAAUUUAUUUUGGUUGGCCAUGUUUCCUUUUAAAUUUCUUUGUGUAGCAGUUUAGGCUUUUUGUAAAGAAGGCAGAAUAUGGCUUUAUUAUCCACAAUCUCAAUUAACUGAUCCUUGUAUUUCUUCUUUCUUCCAGGGCUCAACAGACAGUCGUAGUCCUUCCCAUGUAAAUGGGACCAGUGGAAGCAACGCCCCAGAGGAAGAACAGAGUCCUCAAACCAUAGCAUGUGCCUUAUCCAGAGAUUGCAGUGACCCUUGUAACAACAGCUCCCCUCACUUCACCGGUAUAACCAGUGAAAGCAGCGACACCUGCCGUGAUGAGAAGCUAGGGCCCACAGCCCUUCAAAAGGAAGAAUGAGCAACACAGGGACAGAAUAGGCAAGCGUUGGAGGAGAAGGAGGAGUGUGAUGGAGUGACAGAUGGAAAAACUGUGACCAUUUUAGCUUGUGAAGAUGUUGAUAAUCCAAGGACUUCUUAAUUUAUGAGGUACUGUGGAUUAUCAGGCCCCUUACCUCUCCAGUACCAGAGCGAUCUGUAAUCUCUGGUAUUCCCUGCAGUGCAGGAAGACCUGGCACUGGAAAGGAUAACUUAUGACAAACCCACAUUUGACACAUGCUACUCGUGCCGCACUUUUAGUACCUACCACUCAUGGUCCUGCGGAAAGGAGCACAGUAUGUCUUGGACAUACUAAAUGGCUGCUAAUUUCUCCAAGUUUGGGAAGCAUAAGCUAUAAUUCAUUUUCCGAUAGUGGCCAUGAUGUGACUUGAUAUGCAACAGACUCGGAUUUGUAUCUUCAAACUGGGUUUUAUAGCAUCUCUUACACUUUCAUUGGGAAACUGUGCAUUGCUCUGUUACGUAGUAAGCAUGAUGCUGUGAUCGUCACCCUUUCUAUUCAAAAUGGAGACAGCUGUCAGUAUUAAUCAAACAGGCACUUGUCAAUCAAAUUGUAGCCGGGAUUUGUAAAUCUUGACUUAAAAUCCUAUAGGAAAGUGCCGUGUCUUCUUUGCACUCCCCCUUCUCCAGCCUCUAAUUACGGGGGGAAAAAUACGCUUCUGCCUAAAAAUAUGAUCCUGUAGAUAAAAUCGAACUUUUUUUCUGAAUUUUAUUAAUAUUAUUUUUUAUAUGUAUAUAGAUAUAUAUAUAAAUAUGGCCUUUGUACAAAGGGGAAUUUCAGGAAAGAGACUGUCAUGGGCAGAUUUUUCCUGCCUUCAUAUAAGGUCAAGCCUGUGUUAUGCUGGGUCAUUUCAUCUGUGAUGCAGGUCAGAGUUUGAGGGUCAAAGGUUAAUUUGUUGAAGGAAGCAACCACCCUCUCUUGAUGAAAAGAAAAGAAAAAAGCGUCUAUUGAGCAUUAAAUACUAUUUUAGCAAUGCCUAAUGAUUCUACAGUUUGUAGAAUGAUGGUGAAUAGCACCUGAAUAAAAACAAACAAUCAGGCAGAUUUGUCACUAUCUAUUGACUGGUAGAGUUCGUUGAAUACUGCCAAAAGAACCUUUAGAAAUUUGGUGAUGUGUAUUUAGUGUCAUUUCUGUAUGAAUGCUAAAAGGAGUUAGAAGGUUGUGAUCCUAUACAGCAUCUUUUACCCAUAAACUGUUGGAGAUAUCAAUGUAUUGCUAUGCAAUUCUUUGUUGAGAGCUCUGACAGAGAAAGGGCUUGUCCUUAUCUUUGACCUGUGUGCGUGAGUGCGUGGGCAGGGGGUUAGCAAUGACACACUGCUUGUUGACAAAGGGGUUAAUCUCCUUUUGUUUUGGUGAAGGUGUAAUGUGAAUGAAUGUAUGUGAUGCAUAAUGUGUUUAUCUCUUGGCAAAUGCUACAGAUGAACACUUGCAAAAAUACGUAUCCAGAGCUUGUCUGCUUAGACAUGCUGUGUAUAUUGUGAAUAUACAUACGUUUGUGCACAGACUUUAUGUACAGAGAGAGGCAGAGAGAGAUCUAUUUAUGUAACCUAUAAAUAUAUAUUUAGGCAAAUCCACAUCUGCAUCCUGAGCAGGACCAGUAUUCCUCGGGAACGCUGCCGCUGCUUUGGGGGGGGUUUGUGGUUAUUCAGAACUGUUUACUCCAGACGUGUAAUUCUUUUAAGAACAGGAGAGAGCAGAUUUGGCUCUUGUGUCCAGCGCUUCAAUCGGAAACCUCGCUUGACGCUCACCUCUCCAAAAUGAACUAAAACUGCAUUAUUAUUUUUUUCUUUUUUCUACAUUGGCAUAAAAUGCACCCAUGGAUUUUACUCUGAAGGGUUUACAGUGUGUUGCUUUGCAUCUUCCAAUGCAAACGUAGGAAGCAAUCCAUUAUUUUUUUUUUUCUUCUUCACACUUGCUAAACAAUCGCACUGAAGCUAGCUCUGAUGAGGUCUGUUUUUAUAAACAAAAAAAAAAACACAUCUUGGGACACAAAUACUGCCAGGAAACCUGCCUUCAGCUGAUCCUAGGGAUUGUUUGAUCGGAGAUCAUUUUAUUUGACAUACAUUUACUUUUCCUACAUAGCAUCUGAACUUUUUUGUGCAGCACUCUGGAAUACUAUGAAAUGUUGUGGAAGUUCAGAUAAGCAGCUAUAUAGACCAAUGUAUUUUUUGCAGCAACUGUCUUUGCUCCCAAAUAGGCAAGGGGCAACCAAUUAUUUUUUAGUUUUUUUUCUUAAAGUGAAUUGCGAUAACAUGUUUGUCACAAUUUAAUCAAUUACUGCAUGGCGCUUUCAUACCUCUUUCUUAGGCAUUCUUGAGCUUUUUUACCUCCUAGUAUUUCUGGUAGCUUCCAAAAAGUUUCUGGUUUAUUUACGUGAGCUUUUUGAUGCUUGCAUAUAUCCCCUCUGGACUAAAACAGCAACUUAAGUUUUAAAAGAAGUAGGUUCAUGCCAACGUUAAUACUGUCACACAUUUGAUCACAAGAACUAAGUCUCUGAGCAGUUCCUAUAAAAUAGAUACCAACAUGACAUGAUCUUUUUUCGUUUGGUUUAGAUCAAUACCCUAACGGUUUGUGAGCAAAUCCUGUUGGGUGUUUAAAGAUGACAGUACAGGACUAUUGAUGACCUAAAUAGCACUUUUCAUUAUUCGAGAACCCUUUGGCUAUAAUAAAUUAAGCACCUACCUGACACCAGACUUGCUGUGAAAUUUAACACAACCAAUCCAAGGCUUUCCAUAUUAAGAGGUGCUGUAGAUAUCCUUCUAUUUCCUGUUUUAUAUGCAGUUUGCUCACAGGAAGUCUUCUGACAAUCUAGUUUCAAAACAAAAGCAUAUUGUGUCAGGUAUCGUCCCCUUAUUUUGGGGGCAUAUAUAGUGCCUCCUUUCUGUUCAAGCUAAGUUUUUGAGACUUAACCUGUCUAUUAAGGGGUCAUGCAAGUUUUUAUUUUUCUGAUCCUCAGGUUAUGUUACGAUUGAGGUCCUUUCUAUGUUCUGUGGUGUCUGAUGGCAUCAUGUAAUUGGCAUCUGUUCGUAUCAUAGUACAUCAAAUGUGUGAAUUUCCCCCCUCUACCAGAGCUUGAAGGCAUGUUCCUUUAACCUUUUAACCAUCUGUGCAUCCUACUAGUAUUGUAGACACCUAAUGCUCUCGCAGAGGUAAACGAUGUGGGCCAUGUGAGAUGCAGUAAUAUUAUUAUAAAAAAGACGAAAAAAGUAUCUGCUUCAGAGUACCAAUAACAUUUUCUGUAGCUUAGUGCAUAGUACAAAUGAGAAAAUAUACUAUUUUGGAUGUCAGAUUUAUUUAUUUGGUCAGAAUAAAAAAACAACAUGCUGCCAGUUAUUGCUUUUAUCCAAGCUUUUUAUUUUAUUUUUUGGUUUUCCCUGGGGUUAACUAUUUAUCAUCUUCCUUCCAUUCAGUAUGUCCUCAGCAGGUGUCUCCAGUUUGGAGCUGACUCCAUGUGCUUUUUUGCAGUGUCAUGGCUUUAAAAACAGCCCCUUUACAUUGCGUUUUUCUUUCUUUUUUUUUUUCCCCUCUUUAAAAGAAGGGAGGUCUAAAAUACAACAGCCAUCUGAAUCAGUGUUAAGAGAUAUUGUUCAACAACAUAAUCCGGUUCUGGCAUCAUUGUGUUCCCAGUUUGUGUUUCAUGGACUGUCUUGGGAGCCAAGUGCAAGCCUUUCUCUACUGAUGUUGGCGUCAAAUAAUGCCGUGCUGCUGGGACCUCUUCCUUUAAGCAUCGAUAUCAGACUUCUCCUGGGAACAGUCAUCCCAGGAAACGGGACAUAAAUCCCUCUGCUUAUUCAGUAACUCAACUUUGCCACGGAAUGGACUUGAGUUCUACCAAGUUGGAGAAUUCCUUGUCGUGGCUUCUGACUGUGCGUAUUUCCCACAGUCACUGUGGCUUUUAAGGGCACAGCAAUAUUGUUAAUGAUGGGGGAACCUAUCCUGAUAUUUCACAGGGGAAUACAACAAAACAGUUCCCAUACAAGUUGUCAACUUGUUAUACUUUUUUAGUAUAAUCUUUUUUUUUUUUUUUUUCAAGCCAUUACAACUUUACACUUAUAUUUUAAUUAUAUUUUGUAACUGGAUUUCACAAUUAAGACUAAUUUUAAUCACACAAAAAACAUCCACUUAAUUAUCCACCAUUAAUUGCUGUCUUGAUUUUUGGAUAUAUGAAAAAAAAACACACCUUUUUAUAUGUAAAAGUAUCUUUUGCUUUAUGUUUGAUACACAUUAUAUACCUGGUGAGACUGUAUACCAUCAAUUCAUUUUUUUUCUCACCAAGACAAGUUAAACUGUUCACUAACUAUAUGUUCUAGUUUUCAAUUAAGGUUACAGCUAAUCUCAUUUGUAACGUGUUUGUAACAGAGUGAACGAUACCUUUUGGCAGUCUCGCUGCUGCUGCUGCUGCUGCUGAGUACAUUUCUUGUGAUCCUCAGCCAGCAAAGAAUUAUGUGACACUUGGCCAACAAUGGUUGGAUUGACAAAGGGUACCCAUCACUGUUAUAACUGGUUAAAGCUGCAUUUCACGUUUUUAAAAAUAUAUAUAUAUAUUUUCCGAUUCUCUGAAAGUAAACAUGCUACCUUUACAUUAUUUCAUUAAUAUUUUAAAAACUACAAAUUAGCAAUAGAAAUACUGAAUCAGGCAAAACUAAAAAGAUCUAAUACAGUUUAUCUUUGUUUGAAGUAACAAAAUAAUCUCCACUCCCUCUGUAUUUUUAUGCGAUAGAUAGGCCCGCACAACAUACUUAAACCUUCUUAGAAAACAAAUUGUGAGUUUGUUACACAUGUGAGGUAAUUUAUAUCAUGAUUUCCCAUUAAAAGCUAUUUCUAUUCCUCCCUCCCCCUUAUGAUAUAUUUCCAUACUCAGCAGCAUGUUUAUUUAAAACAAAAUUUAAAAAAAAUUAUCGUGAAUGUGAAAUGUUGCUUUAAUUCAGCAGGGUAACCAGUAUUCUGUAAAUUGAUCCACUGGUCAUCCUUCUUGCAUUCCCAAGUGUUUUCACGAAACACAUCACAUAGAAGGGAAAUAAAAAUGUUUUAACUUCUGUUCGUUUUGUAAAUUACACAGCUAGUUUUUACUUUGGUGUUAAGGGGAUGGGGUGGGGGGAAGGGAGCAAGGUAUAUCUUUUGAUGUAACACUGUUCUUUAUAGUCAAUCUAUGCGAUAUGUAUGUGCAUCAAGUUCCCAAGAUCCCUUGUUAUCUAAAUAGAGCCAGGAUUGGUGGGACUCAUAACCCUAGAAGUAGGGAGCUUUGGGAACGUAAGUUGUUUAUUGGCAUAUUCCGUGUAUUGUGCUUAAUUUGGCACUGGAAAACAAGGUGCAUUUUCUACAUCAACACUUUGACACAGUAGCAAUAUAUACUGAUGAAUUGCCAAGUUCAGCAUUUCAUUUUCACAAACUAGACCAUGAUCAAGCUUUUUGGUGCUCUCCAUGACUUUUAUCAUAAGCAUGUGGCCUGCGUAUCACAAUUUAAUAUUCCACUUCCAGACACUGUGGCUGUAAGAGAGGCACAUACUCCUGAUGGCCCAUGACUCUGGUUUAUGUGAAGUGGUAAAAUUCAUGGUGGUUGCCCACUUUUGAUCAAGUAGAUUACAUUUUUGAUAGUCGGACAUCAAGAUGUUCAGUUCUGGGAACCUUGAUGUCUCUCAUAACAGAGCAGACCAUUUAACUUGCUCUAAAACACAUCUUUCCAGUUUGGCUUUCUUUUGCUUACAUGUUAUAUAGAGAAUUUUUGUUUUUGUUAUAUUUCAGGAUGCGCCACAUCCUUUGCAAGAAAUCUAACACAUACUGAUGAAUUACCAUGUCUUUUAAGAUUUUAAUUAUCUAAGAAACAAACAAAAUCAACUAACACACCUGUUUUUUGUUAUCUUGUUCAGAUUUGAACUAGAGAUAUAAGAGUUAAAAACGAAAAAAUAAAAAUAUAUAUAUAUAAAAAAAAAAAUCCUUGCACCUAAAUCCUUAGGGCAUAAACCUGACCUUUAUGUAUCUGCUGCACAUGUACUUGUGAUAUUAUGCUUCCUUUUUCCUGGUUUUAGUGGUAAACUAAUUGCUAUUUUUCAAGAAGAAAUGAGAAAUAUUUGAAAGAAAAUUAUGCUGAUUUUCAAAGUUUAACUAUAUAUAUUGUAAGCCCGCUCCCUGUUGAACCUGAUUAAUAUUAACUUCUGCUUUCUCUUUCAAUACGUUCAAUACGUUUUUAUUUAAAACUUUUUUUUUAAUAUGUAGUUGAACCUAUCAUUGCAAUGAUAUUUGUUAGUAAUUCAUGUUUAACAAAUACUGUCUGUGUUAUUUACAAUGAAAAAAAAAAAAUCCCCCAAACCAUGGCUUCUGGAUUAUAUUUUCUCCCCUGUUAAUAAAUGCCCUUUAUGCUAGUCACCUGUUUUAGUGGAUGGGUAAUGUGUAACUUUCUCCCACGUCCCAAAUCUUCCCGUCCUGUAAUUCCUAUCUCCCAGCAUCUCCAUAGUUUAUCAAUGUAAGUUAGAGCGGCAAAUCUCUGGGAAUGUCUGUUUUUGCUGAGAAGGUGACCUUAUGAUGCAGAAUGUUUAGGAAUGCUUAAUGGAGGAGCUUGGUUUCCAGUUAGAAAGACUUACAGUGCUUAAUAAAGUCUAUUCUUUUAGUAAAAAAAUGUUUUUAAAGUGUGGUUUCUUUUUUUUCCCCUCUUUCUUGUGUUUAAU